GAAAGGUGUACCGAUAUAUGAAAAUAAAUAACAAGUUUCAAAAUAUUGGCAAUUUUGUACAUUUUGAUUCAAGUUGGCAUCGAAUUCUUAGUAAAGUUUGUCAAAGAAAUUCCAAAUAUUAUUUUACAUCACUUAGAAAUAGACUUAGCAUGUUGUCAUACCUCAUUUAAUACUGGAAAGCAGGAAGUUGAACCCGAAAAGCAGUACUGUACAAUUGAAGGGAGGGAACUCUUAUAAUUGUUUCAGACCACAGCUAAUACUAUGGAUUUUGAAGAUUCUGAUGAGGGUGACGAAGACUGGAGUAAACCAGUAAACGACGGAGAUGGCUCAUUUUGCAGUAAUACUAGAAAUUCUCCAAAAGUAUCAGAUUUAAACUUUCCCAAGAAAAUUUCAACUGACAUUGAACAUCCCAGAACUAUCAUUCAUAUUGAUAUGGACUGUUUUUAUGCUCAAGUUGAAAUGAUUAGAAAUCCAAGUUUAAGACAUGUGCCUUUAGGUAUACAACAGAAGCAUAUUAUAGUAACAUGUAAUUACCCAGCUAGAGCAAUAGGUGUCACCAAACUCAUGACAAUUAAAGAUGCCAAAACUAAAUGUCCAUCUUUGAUAAUGGUAUCAGGUGAAGAUUUAACUGAAUAUAGAAAAAUGUCUUAUAAAAUAUCAGAAUAUCUCUUGAAAUAUACGAAGAAAAUUGAACGUUUAGGAUUUGAUGAAAAUUUUCUGGAUGUUAGUGAACUUGUUAAUUCAAGGGUUAGUAAAGAAUCUCCAAGUCAGUUCAGCGGACAUUUAUAUGGAAUACAAGACAAUAAGGCAGACCUAUCAGGUUUAAAGCAGUGUGGUUGUGGUUGCUAUCAAAGAAUAAUGCUAGCAUCUAAUAUAGCUCAAGAAAUAAGAGAUGGUUUAUACAAUGAUUUAGGUAUAACAUGUUGUGCUGGCAUCUCAUAUAAUAAACUAUUGGCUAAACUAGCUGGAGAGAAACAUAAACCUAAUAAACAGACCACACUGUUACCUGAAUUUACUCUACAAUUACUACAUUCCCUACCUAGUACUAGAAAUAUACCAGGUAUAGGAUAUGGUAUGAGUAAAAGAUUAAGAGUAUUAGAUAUAGACAGUGUUUUAGAUCUUUAUAAUUAUAAUCAAGAGAAACUAAUUACAGAAUUUGGACAACAAACAGCUAAAUUUCUCAAAGAUAUAUCAGCUGGUAUUGACCAUACACCUGUUGUUAGAUAUGGUCUUCCACAGUCUAUAUCUGAUGAAGAUUCUUACCGAGAUUUAAAUAAUAUCAAAGAUAUAGAGAAAGAGAUUGAUAUAUUGGUGGAUAAUGUUUUAAAAAGGGUAGUAGAAGAUGGCCGUAAUCCUCAGACAUUACGUGUUACAAUAAGAAAAUCUAUAUUAAAAGAUGAUAAACUAGUGAUAGACUAUGGUAAUAGAGAAUCUAGACAGUGUCCUUUAUCUCAAACUAUCUUUAAUAAUAAAGAUACAAGUACAUGGAAGACACCAAUAGUAGAACUUGCUAUUAGCUUAUUGAACAAGAUGGUGGACGUCACAAAACCAUUUCAUCUUACAUUAAUUAACAUCUGUUUUACUAAAUUCUUAAAAACAUGUUCCAAAGAUAUCUCUACAUUCUUUUCUUCACCUAAUUCUAAACCUACUAAUUCUGAAAAUGAUGAAUUUUUCACCCAAAGAACUAGUUCUAGUACUAAGAUAUCACCAGCAAAAGGAAUUGAAAGUUUUUUUGCCAACAAUCCAACCCUUAAUUUUCACAAAGAGAAAAGAGAUAUCAAAGCUGUAGGAAGGCAAAAUGGUAUGGUGGGUUUUUUCAAAAAUGGUGGGAAAAGGAAAGAAAGUGAAAGUAACAAAAACAAUGAUGAUUCCAAGCGUGCGAAGUUGGAUACCAUAUUUCUGUUGACGCAUCAAAGCCACCAAUUCUUGAUUCAUCAAAAUUACAAGAUUUAA